AUGUCCAGAACAUUAGAACGUGAAGAACCAAACUACUUUGGUGCUGGUCCAGCGUUAUUACCAACUUCAGUUUUACAACAAGCUGCUUAUGAUUUAAUCACUUAUGAAACUGAAGCCAUUGGUAUUGGUGAAAUUUCUCAUCGUUCAAAACCUGCCAUAAAAGUAAUUGAUGAUACCAAAGAUAAUAUCAAGACAUUAUAUAGUAUCCCAGAUACUCAUGAAGUCUUUUUUAUGCAAGGUGGAGGAACUACUGGGUUUUCAUCAAUUGCAUAUAAUUUAAUUGCUAAUUUUGCUAAAAAGACAGGAAAGAAGGGAAAAGCCGCUUAUGCAAUUACUGGUUCUUGGUCUAAGAAAUCAGCUGAAGAAGCUGAAAGAUUAGGAUUUGAUGUUGAUAUUGUUGUGAAUACAAAGCCAACCAAAUUUUCCACAAUCCCACCUUAUUCUGAAUGGAAACCUAUUGAUAAAGAAAAUACUGCAUAUCUUUACGUAUGUGAUAAUGAAACUGUUCAUGGGGUUGAAUUUAAGGAUACCCCAUCACAAGAUUAUUUACCUGAUGGUGUUGAAUUAGUUGCUGAUAUGUCUUCAAAUGUCUUAUCCAAAAAAAUCGAUGUUUCUAAAUAUGGUUUAAUUAUGGCUGGUGCCCAAAAAAACAUUGGAUUGGCAGGAUUAACAAUUUAUAUCAUUAAGAAAUCCUUAUUGGAACAAGCUACCGAUGCUGAAUUAAGAGCAAUGAAUAUCCCAGUUGUCCCAAUUGCAUUCCAUUAUCCUACGGUUGUUUCAAAUAAUUCUGCCUAUAAUACAAUUCCAAUUUUCACUUGUCAUAUUUUGAAAUUGGUAACCGAUAAAUUAAUCGAACAAGGUGGAAUUGACGCAAUUGAAAAAGUUAAUGCCGAAAAAGCUGAGAUUUUAUAUAAUGCCUUACAAGCAUACCCUGAAUUUUAUAGUUUACCAGUCACUGAUGCCAAUGCAAGAUCUAGAAUGAAUGUCGUGUUUAGAUUGCCUAGUGAAGAAUUGGAAGCUAAGUUCGUUAAAGAGGCUGCUGCGAAGAAAUUAACUGGAUUAAAAGGACAUAGAUCUGUUGGUGGAAUGAGAGCUUCUAUUUAUAAUGCGGUUAGUUUGAAGAGUGUUCAAUUGUUGGUGGAUUUCGUUAAUGAAUUUGCUAAAGCAAACGCUUAG